GAAAAGAAUCGAAUAUUUUCUCGAUCUCUCUCUCUCUCUCUGUACAGUCGAAUUGUUGUCUGAAGGAUGACUACUCUCGCUAAUUCUUUCGUUUCAGUACCGAACCAACGGAAUCAGUUGUUUUCUGGUUCAUUGAUGCAAGCAGACCAAUGCCUUGGCUCCACUAAUCUGUGUAUUGGCCACAGUGGAACAACUAAACUAAAGAAGCACAGGAAAUCACUUAUUGUGCGAGCUGGAACAAAUGAUGAUAGACUAGGUGGAGCCAGCUUAUUUGUUGGUGGCUUUGUAUUGGGAGGAAUUGUUGUUGGAACAUUAGGCGCCAUAUAUGCACCCCAGAUUAGCAAGGCACUUGCAGGGGCAGACCGAAAAGAUUUAAUGAGGAAGCUGCCAAAAUUUAUAUAUGAUGAAGAAAAAGCCUUGGAGAAAACACGCAAGAUACUGACGGAUAAGAUUGCUCAGCUGAACUCUGCAAUAGACGAUGUUUCUGCUCAACUGCGUGCCGAUGACCCUCCAAACGGAUCAUCAGUGACCACCAAUGGAGUUGAAGCUUCCUCGUACUGACCAUGUUCAAAAGUAUGUUAUAUAUUAUCACAAAUUUAAGAUUCCUAGGAAUCAUUGAUGAUUGAUUGUGUUCACUGUUCGGUCUUCACUGAUUGUUUGAGAUGGUUGGUUUGGUUCUUGAUAAUUGUUGUUAUCCUCCUGCUAAUCGACUUGAUCGUGUUAC